AGUUAAACUGGAAAAUGAGAAUUUUUGAAUUCCCUCUUCCAACAUCAAUAAACCCCAACCCUCUCAAGUCUCAAUAGUUGCUUAACUGGGCACUCUGUUUGCUUUUUCAUUGAGUCGAAUCUGACUUGGAUCAUUUAUUCAAAAUUUCCUCGAGGAAUCUCACAACUGUCACCACCAUCACAAUAUCAACAUUCACCUCUCGUAUUUAUACACACAUAUAUAAUUUAUAUGCACAUUCUUCUCACAGAUCUGUGCCGCAGAAUUUACCUACACCACCCCUGGUGUCAUCUUCAUUAUGUAUGCAAUAUGCCGAAUGAGCUGAUAUAGAUCUUGAGCAGAACGUUAGAAAUUUUGGAUUUGAGAAAAGAAAGAAAUCAAAUUUGAAGGAUGGUUUUGUGGGAUGGGUAUGUAAGCGAUGAAUUGAUGGGGACAUUUGCCCCAAUUUUGGUAUACUGGUUGUACGCAGGGUUUUAUCAGUUGUUGCCGCCUCUAGAUAACUACAGGCUACACACAAGAAAGGAGGAAAGUGAGAAAAAUUUGGUUCCACUGGGGGUUGUGAUCAAAGGCGUUCUCCUUCAACAGCUUGUUCAGGCUGUUGUUGCUCAUUUGCUCUUUUUGGUAACAUCAAAUGCAAGUUCUUCCGGCGUUACAGUUCAGCCUUCUCUUCCUAUUCAAGCUGUGCAAUUUGCUAUUGCUAUGUUGGUCAUGGAUGCAUGGCAGUACUUUGUGCAUCGCUACAUGCACCAAAACAAGUUUUUGUACCGUCAUAUCCAUUCUCAACAUCAUAGGUUGGUUGUCCCUUAUGCCAUUGGGGCCCUUUACAAUCACCCUCUGGAAGGUCUCUUACUGGACACAGUUGGUGGUGCCAUCUCUUUCCUCAUUUCGGGAAUGACUGCACGUACUGCUGUUUUCUUCUUCUGUUUCGCUGUGGUCAAAACUGUUGAUGAUCAUUGUGGACUUUGGUUACCUGGUAAUAUCUUCCAUAUAUUUUUCCAAAACAAUACUGCGUACCAUGACAUACAUCAUCAACUCCAAGGUACAAAAUUCAACUAUUCCCAGCCGUUCUUUUCCAUCUGGGACAUAUUGCUUGGAACUUAUGUGCCAUACAGACUUAUAAAGCGACCUGAAGGAGGUUUUGAGGCAAGGCUGAUAAAAGACUAAUGGUACAGUGACCUUAAAAACAUGUUUGGUACGCAAUACAGGACAAGACCAGCUGGCUUAUUUUUCUUUCUUAAUAACGUCUCCUAGUGUCCUGCAUAACAAACAUGCAGUAAUUAGUGUGAUUUAAUUUGUCAUGUAGGAUUUCUUGAUGCAUUUGUGCCAUUCUUGCUGAAACUGUCAUAUUUUGUCCUUGAAAGUUCUAUAUUGUAGAGGGAGUUGAAAUUUGCCACUGAUAUUUUAAAUUUUCAUUGUUUCCUGUUUUUCUCUA